CCAUCACCAAUCCCCAAAAUGCGUUAUUUAUAGACCUCAUUCCCCAUCCUUGUUUUUCAGAAAGCACCCAAAAAACACACCUUUCUGUGUGUGUUUUUCUACAUUGCCAGUUAUAGUUAUUUAUAUAAUGGGUAGCUCAAAAUCAUCACUUGCCAUAUUAUUGUGUCUGAUAUUAGCAGUUUUUAGUAAUGUUGUUCUUGAAGCUGAGGCUAGAGCUUUCUUUGUGUUUGGUGACUCGUUAGUCGAUAAUGGAAACAACAACUACUUGGCUACCUCUGCACGGGCCGAUCAACCUCCUUACGGGAUUGAUUAUCCCACUCAUCGCCCUACGGGCCGGUUCUCCAAUGGAUUUAACAUUCCCGACCUUAUCAGCCAAGCAAUUGGUGAAGAAUCAACAUUGCCAUACUUGAGUCCAUAUCUUACAGGUGAAAGGUUACUUGUUGGAGCCAAUUUUGCUUCUGCUGGUGUUGGCAUACUUAAUGACACUGGAGUUCAGUUUGUUAAUAUAAUAAGGAUCGCACUGCAAAUGCAAUACUUUGAACAAUAUCAACAAAGGGUGAGUGAUAUAAUUGGCCCUGAGGAGACUGAAAGGCUUGUAAAUAGCGCUUUGACACUCAUCACAUUGGGAGGCAAUGAUUUUGUGAACAACUACUACUUAGUCCCAUUCUCAGCAAGAUCUAGACAGUUUUCUCUGCCAGAUUAUGUUGUCUACUUGAUCUCAGAAUACCGUAAAGUUUUAACGAGGCUUUAUGAAUUGGGAUUACGAAGGAUUUUGGUCACGGGAACGGGACCAUUAGGUUGUGUGCCAGCAGAACUAGCACAACGCAGCGCAAAUGGCAACUGUGCACCCGACUUGCAAAGAGCAGCAAGUUUGUUCAACCCACAACUCCAGAAUAUGCUUGAUAGCCUCAACAGUGAGAUCGGGAGCAAUGUGUUUAUCGGUGCCAAUAUUCGACAAACCAAUAUCGAUUUCAUUUCGGAUCCAGGAAGAUAUGGGUUUGUUACAUCAAAGGUAGCGUGUUGUGGACAAGGACCGUAUAACGGACUGGGGCUAUGCACUCAGUUAUCAAACUUGUGUCCGAAUAGAGAUAUAUACGCGUUUUGGGAUGCUUUCCAUCCGUCCGAGAGAGCAAACAGGCUCAUCGUGAGACAAAUUUUAACGGGCUCAACCGACUACAUGUCACCCAUGAAUCUUAGCACCAUCAUGGCUUUGGAUGCUGCUUCUAAUGUUUGAUUGCACCAUUUAUAGCCUCAAGUUUCGGCACCAUGCAUUUAUUUGGAAAUGAUAUAUUUGCUUGUGUAUGUUCUUACUUUUUUCGAUUGAUUUGUGGUAAUUUUAUAUGCAAAUUAUUUGGAAGUUAAAGGUUGUAAAAUUUUAUAUUUUGUGCCAAAUUGUAGCACCAUCAUAUGUAUUUGUAGCACCAUUAAAUGUUUGUAUCUUUGGUAAAAUUAAA